CUGCCACCGCAGCUCCGGAAGCCGAGAGCACGAUCUCAAAGCGGCCGCCAGAUGGAGCCCGACAACCGCCGCGGACGUCAGCGAGACAGAUCCGGCUGGCAGGGCGGCCCGUGGACCGCGAAAGCGAAACCACGGAGUCUCGCUCUGUCGCCCAGGCUGGGUUGCAGUGGCGCGAUCUCGGCUCACUGCAACCUCCGCCUCCCAGGUUCAAGCGAUUCUCCUGCCUCAGCCUUCCUAGCAGCUGGGAUUAUAGGCAUGUGCCACCGCGCCCGGCUAGUUUUGUAUUUUCAAUUGAGACGGGAUUUCUCCAUGUUGGUCGGGCUUGUCUCCAACUCCCGACUUCAGGUGAUGCGUCCACCUCGGCAUCCCAAAGUGACGGGAUGACAGGCAUGAGCCACCGCGCCCGGCGUAUU